ACUUCCGGUUUGUAACCGGCGUGUUUUUUAAAUGCGAGAUGAUCCAGCUGAACACAAACAUAAAGUAAUAACUACUGUGUGGACGUUUGAGAAACCGAGACAAUAUUAGUAUUAUACUGAUUUAACAAGGUGCACAUAAGUAUACUCUGUGAUAAUGGAUUCUCCUCCUACGAAAGACCAUAAAAGUCCCUCUCCUGACUCCCCGCUGCCCUCCAUCUCGGAGCGUCUGGCGUAUCUCCGUCCGUCCCGUGAGCUGCUGGACUUCUACAGGCAGAAAGUGUCUCAAUUUGAUGGAGAACACGAGGAGCUGCUGCAGAAGCUGGAGGAGCACAGGAGCAGCACUGAGGAGCAGCACAAGUUGCAGUGGGAGAUUCGCCAGCGUGAGGAGGAGAUCGCGGAGCUCCAAAACGCUCUCAGCGACAUGCAGAUUUACCUGUUCCAGGAGAGGGAGCAGGCGCUCAGACUCUAUGCAGAGAACGACCGGCUCAAGAUCAGAGAGCUGGAGGACCGCAAGAAGAUCCAGCAUCUGUUAGCGCUGGUGGGACCAGAUCCAGGAGAGAUCACAUACUUCCACCGCGAGCCUCCACACAAGGUCACAGUUCCUCAGAAGAAGAUCCAGCCGAGAUCACAUGAGGAACUGAAGAUGGUGAAACCCAGGCCUGUGUCUGCUAAAGGAAACAAGAAAUCCUCCAAACAUGGAGAAAACAGCACAGAUGCAGAGCAGCAGAAGAGAGACAACCAGACAUUACUGCUACAGGUGGAGGCUCUGCAGGCUCAGAUGGAGGAACAGGCUCGUCUGGCUAAAGAGCAGGUGGAGGCGCUGAUGGAGGAGCGACGCAUUCACCUGGAGGAGAGACAGAUUCAGCAGCAGAGAGACUCUGACAGAAUCACAGCCCUCACAGACAAACUGCAGCGCACACAGAGCCUGCUGAUGGAGAGCACCAGAGACUUCCUGCAGCUGAAGUUUGAGAGUCGCGCGCAGGAGAAGAGCUGGAUGAUGGAGAAGGAGCGUCUGCUGCGGCGGCUGGACUGCAGCGAGGAGCGAGAGGAGAGAGCGCCGUCAGCAGAGCUCCAGAUCAUCCAGCAGAGUCCAGCAGACAGCGGAGCCACACACCGACAGCACAUCAGGGCUUUGCAGGAGGAGCUGAAACAGGCUCACAAACUGGCCGAUAUGUACCGAGAUCAGUGUGUGAGUCUGGAGACGGAGCUGUCCCAGAUCAGAGAGGAGGGUGACGUGGGCCGAGAGAUCUUUAAAGAGCGCUCGGAUAAGAUGGCCAAACGUCUUCAGCUCAUGACUCGACGUUACGAAGCUCUGGAGAAACGACGAGUGAUGGAGGUCGAGGGAUUCAAGACCGAUAUCAGACUCCUGCGGCAGAAAGUCAAAGAUGUGGAGAAAAUUCUCUUCAAACUGACGCUCGGUGGGAGCCCAAAGCAAGACCUGGCCAUCCUCCGUGAGGUUCGACAGACCAACAGACGCACAGAGAAGGUUCAGGAUCAGCUGAAGAACCUGAAGACCAAAAUCUGCAAACUGGAGAACGAGCUGCAGUUCUGCUGAGGAGUCAUCAUGUAGAAAACAUUCAAUGUGGACGAGAAUCUCCACCCAUUUCUGUGUUUUAUGGUUGAUCUAUGAAGAACUUUUCACACAAUGAAGGAAUGAAUGGAUGAGUGCAUGAAGCCGGACGUCACACAGCUGUUUAUUUGUGCCAUUGCUAUUUUUGAUAAAUAAAGCUUGAUUUUUAUUACUUUUUUGCA